AUGCCAUCCCAAGAGAAGGACGCUCCCCGUGACCGGGAAUUGGUCCGGCAUUCAAUGACAUACUCCGAGUCUAAAGUUCCAAUGUGGGAUAGUUCUGAUCCCGAGCGUGCGCCUCCGCCGCUACCAAUGAAUCCUCGUUCAAUGAGCCCAAUGAGCCCUGCGACGAGGUCGAAUGUCUCUCCCAACAUUCAGGCAGUGGCUGCAAAAUUUACAGAAAGACCCAGCGAACAUGCACCAAGCUCUUACACAACAAAUCCCAUGCCACUCAAGUCAUCUUCUCCGGAGAGGUCGUUGGUCAAAGGCCACCACCACAAGCGCAUGCAGUCACUACAACCUGAAGAUACCCGACAAGAUACGCGCAGCGACUUUAUGAAUUACCUUGAGAACAGAUCCCCAGAGCGCCCUCUUCGUGCAACAAUCAUUGAGGCGGCCAAGCCACGCGAUCCUACAAAGUCCAUUAGUUCACCAGCGCUCCGUCAAGACGUGGACCGAGAGAUGACCUACUCUCUAUCGAGUCGGUACUUGUCUAAGCCAAUAUUGGGAGAAAGUACUCCGCCGUCAGCUACAAUGUUAGCCCUGCAAAACAUGCAGCUACCAUUAGAACCUGACCCUCCAUCACCUUCCAAACCGCCAAAAUUGAUUGCUGCGCCGUUUGAGCCUCAAGCUCAUCCCAUGAAGAAUACGAGCAUGGAUUCCCUCUCGAGUCAAAUCCACAGUCUCACGGACAUUGCAAGCAGCUUGCAGCGCGAAAUGAUGAAUUUGAGUCGACGCAGCAAAGACAAUGCCACCGACCUAGUCAGCCUUAAGGCAGCGACAAACGCACGCGAUGAAGACAUUCGCAAGAGUCUUAAGGACCUGUCUUCUCAUCUUACAACGAAGUAUCUGGAUGCUGAUGCUACAAGGUUUGGUUUCAGUAAUCUUUUCAAAGGUGGUGAUGGGUCUAACCCCAAGGAUCCGGAUAGUCCCGUCUCGAAGAGGAGCUACUCCGUGCCUCGCAUGCCUAGCCCCAAUCCAUUCGCCUUUGACCGGGACUCUUGUGUCUCACCUGCACCGAUUUCCGACGGCUCCGCAGCCCUCGCUUUGCUCGAAAAGGUAUUGCGUGAGAUGGCAACCAAGGAAGGUGAGGAAAGGCUCUUGGAGCUCGUUGAAGAAAUUAGAUCUCGACCCGCAGCUACUGCUUCGGACAAAGAUGCGGAUAACAAGGUCACUGUCAUGCUCGAAGAAAUCCUCAACCUCGUCAAAGAGGAUCCCGCGAGCAAAGCCCUCGUCCGAUCUUACAGUCUUGAUAAUGUCCAAUCUGGAAAUUCUUCCCCCGAGGCAACCCGAUCUCAGUCAAUGGGCCCUGUGGAUCCUGAAACUGUACGUGCACUAGACCUUUCUAAAUCUGUCAAGGGAGAUGGCUCUUCAUCCAACUCCGAUGAAGUGUUGGCAAUUCUCAGAAGUGUCAAGAAUAGCGUCGUCGAGGGAGGUGGGAUGACCAACAAUGUGAAGUCCUUGGUACGCGAAUUGCGAGGCGAGGUUCUCGGUAUGGGCCGAGAACUCGGUCGACGACUAGACGAGAUCGAGACUUCCAGUGCCAAUGACGAGCCCAAGGAGCAGCCAAGGGCUGCCGGCCCCGAAGAGAUUUCCGCCAUUGUCAACCGCAGCCUGGACGACCUCAAAGAGCAGCUGGCUGCUACUAUUAACGAGAGUCGGCAGCAAUCGUCCGACUUGUCCGAGUUCCGAUCGACUAUGAACAGUGCCGCAAUCUACUCUGUUGUUAAAAAGGCUCUCGAUGAGCUGGAACUUCCUCAACCUCAAGCCGUAUCACGAGGUGCUGAAAUGGACAGAGAAGACAUCCUUGAGACUGUUCGUGAAGCCUGGGAGACCUACAAGCCCGAAAUCGAGUUCAACAACUUUGGCUUGGAACGAGACGAAAUCCUCGCAUGUCUUGAAGAAGGGCUCAAGUCGUACAAGCCCCAGCACGAACAGGCAGUCACCUACGAUCAGGUUCUUGCAGCCGUUGAGGAUGGCAUGCAGAGGUUCAUGCCUCCGCAAAUCGAACAUCCGCCAAGCAUAUCUCGGGACGAGAUCAUCUUGACCAUCCGUGAAUGCUUGGAGAAGCAGCCCGAGCCUAUCUCUAGAUCUCUUGACGAGGAGCACGUCGGCCAUCUUCACUCGAUGCGUGAUGAGAUCCUGGAUGCUGUUUCGAAAACGAUGGCGAGUCAUAACGAAGGUGCGAGGUCUCUGGACGAGGAACAUGUCAAUCACCUCUACUCAGUCCGCGAUGAAAUUCUCGACGCGGUCACUGAGACGAUGGCAGCCAACAAUACACAACACAAGUCUUUGGACGAGGAACAUGUCAAUCAACUAUACCUUAUUCGCGAUGAGAUCAUUGGAGCUGUCACUGGGGUGGUGGCAAACCAUGCCGCUAGUUCCAAAUCUAUCGACGAAAACCAUGCGAGUCAUCUUACUUCUCUCCGGGACGAAAUCCUUCAAGCAGUUGCUGGAGCAAUGACUACGAACAGCACAGGCCCAAGGGAGUUGGACGAAGACCAUGUCCGUCACUUGUAUUCAAUUCGUGACGAGAUUCUGGAGGCGGUUACUGGAACGAUGGCAGUCAAUAACACAGGGCCGAAGACUUUAGACGACGACCACGUCACCCACCUCUACGCCAUCCGCGAUGAGAUCAUUGAAGCUGUGACUGGAGCAAUGGCAAACCACGGCACCUCCAGGUCUUUGGAUGAAGACAACAUCGGCCAUCUAAAUUCCAUCCGAGACGAGAUCCUUGGCGCGUUGGCCGGUUCCAUGGCACAAAGCACGCUGAGCAAGGAUUCAUACGACUCUGGCCUUGGUCGAGAUGAAAUUGUGAGUGCUGUCUCCGAUGGCCUCGAAGCCCAUUUCACUGCGGCCAAGGAGAUGGAUGAGCCAAGAAUUUCCCGCCAUGAUGUUAUGAACGCUGUCAAUGAAGCCUUUGGUGCUCAACAAUCAGCUCUUACUGUUCCUCACACAAACAUCUCUCGCGAUGAAAUAUUGAAUGCCAUUGCCGAUGGUAUGGAAAAGUCAAUGAAUGUCCAGCAAUCAGCCCUCAGUACCAACGUUCACCAGACUGUGUCUCGCGAAGAGAUUUUCAGCGCCAUCGUAGAUGCCAUCGAACACUCGCGACCUUCUCUUAGCAACAAUGGGGACACUGGUAUUUCUCGAGACGAGAUCCUCGGUGCCAUUUUGGAGGGCAUAGAGCACUCAUCAAACCGCCAGGAAUCGAAUAUCUCCAGAGACGAGAUCUUAAACGCUAUUGCUGACGGUAUUGAGAAGUCGAACAGCUCUUCUUCGCGCGCUCUCACAUCCACUGAGCAUGAGGGUGAAGAUCAGCACUCCACUCCCUCUCGGGAGGAAAUUUUCACUGCAAUCGUCGAUGGUAUUCAGCACUCUCAUGCUUCGCUCGACAUAAACGGUCAGCUAGGAGUCUCCAAAGAGGAUAUCAUGAGUGCUAUCGCUGAGGGCAUUGAGGCCUCAACAAGCAGCCAACAGUCAGCGCUCAGCACCAACGUCCAAGAGCCGUCCAUUUCACGGGAGGAGAUUUUGUCUGCCAUCACAGAAGGCAUUCAAAAUGGCAACUCGAUCACUCACGAGAUUGAGUUGAACCAGGGCGACCUCAUGGAGGCAAUCACCUCCGGUCUUAAUGAGGCCAUCAGUACCGCAAAUACCAAUGUUGGCGGCGAGAUGACGGAACGACUCCAGACUUUAUUCGAAGGCAUGAAGGAGGAAUUCAAGCAGUACUCGGCCGCCGGUGGAAGAGACACUGAGCAGGUCCUUGACGCAAUCAAGGAUGGCCUCGAUGUCAUCCACAAGGAGAUUGAAACUUACGUGGUUACUGCUGCCGAUCUUUCCGGCAAGGAUGAAGUAAUUCACACAGUCAAAGAAGGCUUCAGACUUCUUCAAGCCGAUAUGGAGAAAACUAUUACUGAUACAUCGCUUUCGAAUGCCUCGCGAAAUAUUCCUGAUACGCCCGAGCUCCUGGAUGCCAUGGAAAAAGAGUUCGAGCAUCUACGGGGAACAAUCACAACUCUUCUUUUACGCAGCAAUGUCACCGAAGACAAAGAUGAGAUCUUGGAUGCUAUUCGAGAGGCUGCUGAGCGCCACAAGAAUGAUGCCAGUGGUGACGUUGUCAAUACCAUCAAGCAGGAAUUCGAGACUCUUCGAGAGCGCAUGGAGAUGAGUGUCGUUCGUGCGGAGCCUGGUGCCGAGAAAGACGAAAUCAUAACCGCACUUCGUGAGCAUUUCGACACUCUACGCGAGGAGACCUCGCUCAAGGAUGGUAACGAAAAGGAUGUUGUUAACACUAUCAAACAAGAACUUGAGAGUCUUCGAGAGCAUAUGGAGAUGAGUAUUGUUCGUACGACGGAGCCUGCUUCCGAGAACGACGAAAUCAUUUCGGCACUCCGCGAGCAUUUCGACACCCUGCGCGAGGAGAUCUCACUCAAAGACGGCAGCGAAAAAGAUGUGGUCAACACCAUCAAGCAGGAGUUUGAGAGUCUUCGUGAGCGCAUGGAGAUGAGUGUCGUUCGUGCGGAACCUGCUGCCGAGAAAGAGGAAAUCAUUUCGGCACUCCGCGAGCAUUUCGAUAUCCUGCGCGAAGAGGCCUCGCGAAGAGAUGGUAGCGAAAGUACGUUGUCCGCGACAAGUGAGCUCCACGAUGCAUUCACACAUGGUGUUGACUCGAUCCGUGACGAUCUGAAAAAACUAUUGGAGAAGCCAGCCGAGUUUGACAGUUCUGAGAUUAUCCAUACUAUUAAAGAUGGUCUUGCGGACCUGAAGCUUGAAAUGGAUUCCCUCCGUGAAUCUAGCAAAGAACUGGAUGAUGCCAGUACUGCCCGCGGCGGCGAACUCAUGCUGGCAAGUGAGCCGAGCAUCGCACCUGAUAUUGAUGGCUUGAAAGUGCUCAUCAUUCAGCUGCAAGAAAAGAUCGAGGCCAUUGAAACCGCCCCUCAUGCGGCAGAGCCUGCUGAGGAUGCCCUGAAGCGCUCACACCUCGAUGAAGUCCUUCUAGCGCUUCACGAAGUUCAGCUCGCCAUGGGCGAGAUGAGUGCUCAACAAAGUACCGAGAAUCACGACCCCGCUCGAAAGCAGGAUACAGAUAUUCUCGAGCAGUUAAUCUUGAGCACUAAGACCCAGCUUGAUGAGCUUGUCUUCCCUUCGCCGGAUCAGGUGGCCACUCCUGAGCAUAUUGGAACUUUGGAGACCAUGAUCCGAGAGGCCAAGGACUCGAUUGCCGAGUUCUCUAGUCGCGUCGAAGCCGAGGCUCCCACAAAGUCUGAGAUCGGCACUUUGGAGGGUCUUAUCAAAGAUAUUUGGGUUAUCCUAGAUGAAAUGAAGACCAAAACCAAGGAUGGCGAAGAACAAGAAGAUCCGGAGAAACUACUCAAGUCUGAUCUCCAAACGGUUGAAGCCAUGAUCUUUGAGGUCAAGACUCAAGUCGACGAGCUUAAGCUUCCCGAUGUGGAUACUCUCCCCACCAAGGCGGAGAUCCAGGAGCUAUCAACACUUGUCUGUGAUUUCCGAGAGAAAAUGGAGAGUAAUAACGAAUUAACCGCCCAAGGUUUCGAUGCCCGUAAGAUUGAACACGGUGGUCUUGCGGAUAAAAUUGACGAGGCUAAGUUUGUCGUCGGCGAGCUUGGGGACGAACUCAAGAGCAAGCUUGACGGCAGCAACGAAGGGCUUAGUGAGCUUAAACAGCUUCUGGAAGGACUAGCAGUCACUGCAGAGAGCUUCACCACCAUCGACAACAUCAAGGAGCUCACCGACCUUAUUAACCGAGAGUUCGAACGUUCUCGGGGCGAGGAAGAUGCGAUCAAGGUCGAAAAGGAGGAGCGGGAUGCCGCUACAAUGGUCAAACACGACGAGACGCGGGCCGCCAUCAUCGUGGACCUUGGGACAAAGAUUGACGAAAAGAUUUCCGAAGUCCUGGCCAAGUACGAGGAUGCGCACACCUCCCUCCACUCGAAGUUCUCAGAAACCGAAGAGAGAGACCUAGCACACACCGAAUCUUUGACAAGUACACGAAGCCUUGCUGAGGACAUCAAGCUUGUCAUUGGUGCUAUGGGUGAUACUGUUAAUGAGACCUGUGAGCGGUUAAGUGUGGACACGAAGGCUCUCAUGGAACAAGUCGAUCAGUCCCGCCAGAAAAUGGACGACAUGCACAACGAUGUGAGGUCGCACCAGGAGCAGUCUCAAAUAGAAAACGAAAUGGCCGUGGCUGCCACUGACCGAGUGGAGAGCAAGCUCCUCGACUUCCACCCUCGUAUUUUGGAGUCUGUGCAGGAGAUAUUGACAAUUGUCAGCCAGCACUACGAUCACUCCCAGAAGUCAGCAGAGGACUUCAAGUCAGAACUGUCAGCAUUGCCCUCGACUAUCCCAGCGAUGCUACCUGCCCCGCCUCCACCAGAAUCGAACCGUACACUUGCCAUAGAGGAUACUCCGCUACACAGCAAAAUUGACGAUCUUUUGGAACAUGCCAAGAACAACAAGGUUCACGAGGUUUUGAGCACUCUUCUUGACCACUCGAAGAAUGACCAGCUCCACGAAAAGCUUGAUCGUGCUCUGGAGCAAGGGUCAGGUUCGAAUAAUCAAAUAUAUGAGAGGCUGAAUGAGCUGCUGGAUCACGCCACCAAUGGCAGUGGCCCUGUCCAUGAGAAACUGGAUGAAUUGCUCAGCCGUCUUCUCAACCCGCCGGAACCGGAUCAUUCUCUUGCCCAGACGAGAAAGCUUGAUGAGCUGCUAGACCAUGCCACCAAUGGAAAUGCUCCUGUUCACGAGAAACUCGAUGCAUUGCUCGGCCGUCCUCUCAAUCCGCCGGAACCCGAUCAUUCUGUUGCCCAGACGAGAAAGCUUGAUGAACUGCUAAAUCACGUCACCAAUGGAAAUGCUCCUGUUCACGAGAAACUGGACACAUUGCUCAGCCGUCCUUUGAAUCCGCCGGAAUCUGAUCGUUCUAUUGCCCAGAUGACGAAACUUGAUGAGCUACUAGAUCACGUCACCAAUGGAAAUGCUCCUGUUCACGAGAAACUGGACGAAUUGCUCAGCCGUCCUCUGAACCCGCCGGAAUCCGAUCAUUCUAUUGCCCAGAUGACGAAGCUUGAUGAGAUGCACAGGGACAUCAUGGAAAACUCUCGUAGAAUGAAUGAGAUGUUCGCUGCCCAGUCAUUGCUGGUCGCUGAAGAUACCGAGCGAAAGCGGCGUGAAGCUGAGGAGGCUGCAAUCGCCCUUGAACGAAGAGUUCUGCAGCGUGAACAAGUGGAAGCGGAGCUUGUUGUUUUGAAUGAAGAAAAGGAUUCUACGCUGAACAUGAUCCAUCGCCUAAGAGCAGAGAAAGAAGACCUCAUCAAGCAAAAUAACAAGCUCAGCAAGGAUCUGUCCGGUCUUGAAACAGCCCUAGAAAUACGCCACGAGGAGAUGCGACAAAUGGAGGACCGUGCAGAUGGCCUUGAGAAACGAAUUCUAGAGGGUGUGCUCGACCAUGCUCGUGCCGUCCUCCUUGGCCGGUCCAGCAGCUCGCAGGCCAUGAGCCUGAAGAGGAACCGCAGCACGCGGAGUACCCGUUCCUCACGCACAGGCGCCCGCAGUCCUAGCGUGGCGAGCACUGCCAGUACUGCCAAAGAGCCCAAGGACAGCCGCAGUCUACUCGGCAAUGGUGUCGGGAUGGCUUUGAAAAGAAUGCCGACCUCGCUUCACGCUGGCACAAUCGCUGUGCAGCCCAACAUCGGAAAAGAGCGUCGGAUUCUUAGCUUAAGUCACGUCACAGGCAACCGCGGUAUGGACCGACAGACGAGUGCUAAAUCUGGUAUCACGAACUUGAAGCGCAGCCACUCUGUCAAAUCGACCUCCCUUCGCAAAACUUCUUGGGCUGGCCCAACUUCUGUUGCCGACAAAGAGAACGAACCAUUCCACGAAGAGGACGAGCUUGCCAGCGAAGCAGAAUAUGCUGGUCCACAACGGAAGACCAGUUACGCACAAAGCAACGCACCUACCGACCGUAAGACAAGCUACGCAGAAUCCGAUAUUGGCACUGAAACAGAACGCAACUAUGCCCAAAGCAACGCUGGCACUGAUCGGCGAACAAGCUACGCAGCAAGCAAUGUAGGCACGGAGCGCAAGACAAGCUACUCCGGCAGCACCAUGGGCAGCGUGGUUACAGAUGCCACAGAUCAGCGUCGGGUUAGCGGAGUGAGCUCCACCGAGUCGUACAAUGUGGCAGAAAGUUCAAUCGCAGAGCAUGACCAUGAGGACCGUCACGAUGAUAUCUCUAUUGAUGGGUCCGAGUCAGAAGACGAUGCACAAACAGCACGAGAGGAUGCAGAGCAUUCUGGGAAUGAGCACCAGAAUGAGCAUCACGAAAUAUCCCGCCAGAUUAGGGAGGCCAAUGAGGCUGCGGAAGCUGAAGUUCUAAAACUGUUGGCUCCCUCAAGCGAUAGUGGACUUGGCACUGAUGUUGCAGUUUGA